AUGAGAAAGGGCGUCGGUGAUAUAAAUCGUGUUCAUGACUUAUAUAAAAAACUUAAAGAAACUUCUGUUGAUGACAGCAACUACGUGAGUCUAAAAGACAAUUUCUAUAAAGAACUCACCAGCAUACCAAAUAAAACGCACCCUACUGUUCAACAAUAUAAUGACCAUCCUCGAACCAUUUCUACAAUCAACACAAGAAAAGAUUUUGGAUCACAUAAGCCUUUAGAUUUCAGUGAGAUCACACAGUUACUGAAUUUAAUGAGAACUGAUAAACUCGGUUACACUUGUGAUAACAAAAGUUACUUUUACUUUGGGGACUUAGCUGAAUAUGAGGAAGCAUUAAUCAAAUAUACAGUGUCAUGCUUACUGGAAAAGGGAUUUUCUUUAGUAUCUGUUCCAGACAUAUUAUCAGGUGACAUUAUAAGAAGCUGUGGCAUGAUGAUUAACAGGGAUAGAACACAAAUUUAUUCUUUGGAUCCCAGUCUUCAUGGACCAGACCAAUAUUUAUCUGGCACAGCCGAAAUGUCACUUGCAGGUCUUUUAAAUAACAGUAUACACAAUGUAAAGGAGUUGCCUUUAAAACUGGUCUCUGUGAGUCGUUGUUAUCGGGCAGAAACAUCUAAUAUUAUUGAAGAAAGAGGCACAUAUAGAGUACAUCAGUUCACCAAAGUAGAAAUGUUCAUCGCUUCUAAACCUGAGGAGUCUGAUGCUAUGUUGGAAUACAUUAGGCAAACACAAGAGGAACUCUUUUCACCUCUGGGACUACAUAUGAGAGUUUUAGAUAUGCCUCCCCAUGAAUUAGGUGCACCCGCUUACAGGAAGUACGACAUUGAAGCUUGGAUGCCUGGCAGACAAAACUAUGGAGAGAUAUCUAGCUGUAGUAAUUGUACAGACUAUCAGUCCAGGCGUCUCAACAUAAAAUAUUGUGAUGUCAAUAAAACGACAUAUGUUCACACACUAAAUGGAACUGGCUGCGCUAUACCUAGAAUGUUAAUAGCGUUGUUCGAAACACAUCAAUUGGCCAAAGGGAAAAUAUUUGUACCGGAAAUUUUACAGCCUUUCCUCAGUGGUAAAAAAUAUAUAGUUAAUGUAGCAUUUAGUUUGUCUCUUGGUGACCGAUGUAAACCACAACCCCACACAUCUGACGGGACUUGUGUCCUGGUCCAUAAUUGCCCUGUGGCCGUAAGGGAUGUCACACAGAAUGAUAGUCACCCGUUUAAAAGAUGUGGGUUCAGUGGUGACAUCGAAAUUGUUUGCUGUCCCAAAGGUGAAGAGACCUUGAAAUCUCCAAGUACAGAAGUUAAAUUUGGUCGGAGAAUUGCAGAUAUUCAGUGUCAGAAAGUAGUUGAAACAAGUUUACCGCCUCUAGGCAUGCAUGUUAUCGGUGGGGAAACUGCAUCACCGGGGGAAUUCCCACACAUGGUCGCAUUAGGAUACAAUAGCUCGGGUUUGUACGAAUUUAAAUGCGGAGGUUCCCUUAUCUCUGAAUAUUAUGUUCUCACUGCAGCUCAUUGUGUGGACAAUAUCGACCAUAUGAAACCGACUAUUGUGCGUAUGGGCGUUGUGGACAUCACAGGAAAUACGUUAAAUAAGGAAACUGAUAUACUCAUAGCUAAUACUACAUUCUACCCCCAGUAUUCCAGAAAGCAAAAGUAUCAUGACUUAGCAUUACUUAGAUUAGUAACACCUGCGUCUUCGAACUUAAAUCCCAUAUGUCUUUACACGACGGAUGAGAAUCCUACCGUGCCCCUAACUAUCACGGGCUGGGGUAGAACUAAUACUACACGUCUCGACACAAGAAGCAAUAUUCUUCUUAAGGCAAACGUGUCUAUUGUAUCUGUAAGUGAAUGCAGGGAGUCGUAUGGAUCUUGGCGUCGGUUGCCCAGCGGAAUAGGGCGCACGCAAAUUUGUGCCGGCGAUGAAUUUGGGAGACACGACACUUGUGAGGGUGAUUCUGGUGGACCGUUGCAAGCUUUGACCGAGCAAGACGGUAACUAUCGGUUGAUCGGCGUGACGUCAUUCGGUCGUGGCUGCGCGUCCACUGUGCCUGGUGUAUACACACGAGUUUCCGAAUACCUUGACUGGAUUGAAGAAGUUGUCUGGCCAAACAAAUUCUGA